UCACAAUCUGGGCAUGUGUGUUCCAUUUUUGUCUUUCUUAUUUUUCAGACUGGAAGACCUGGAUAGAGAUCAGUGGAAAUUAAUAUUAUUUUUUAUUUAAUUUUUUUUUACUCGUGGAGAAAAAUCCCCAGAUUUACUGCAACAACAAAAAAGAAAUAAAAUGUAAUUGUUUUUAAUUUUUUUUUAUAACUGAGCGAGGAAUAGCCUACAUUUGUUUUUGGGUGAAGAAAGAGACUGGGCUGCGGCGUCUGGAGGGUUAACUUUCAGUAUUCUCAGCCUAAAAAGGGUUUGGGGGCUAUGAGAUAAAGAUGCCGGGGUCGCUGAGUAAUGAAGACGAGGGACAAGACGACAUGGAUUUUGAAGACGAUAUGCCAGAUGAGGAUGACGAUGGGGAGCGCAACGCCGUUCCCCUCACACCCCUCGACAGCUUCUUCUCUGACAACGACUCCCUCAAACAACAAAAGAAGAAGAAGCCCAAAAAGAUGAAAGAGGGGAAAAUGCCCAAAGUUAAGAAGAGGAAAAAGGAGGGAGAAAUCCAGCCACGAGUUGACAGCGACCUGGAGGAGACCUCAGAGGUGGAGGAGGAACGGGAACGUCCAGAAAUAGGCUCUGAGAGUGAGAGUAGCACGUACGGCCCAACCAAAAAGAAGAAGAAGAAACCGAGGGAGAAGAAAGAGAAGAAGCCCAGGAAGAAAAAGAGAGAUGAGGAAGAUGACGACGAUGACAAUGAUGAUGGGAACCUGAAAGAACCCAAAUCAUCCAGCCAGUUGAUGCAAGAGUGGGGUCUGGAAGACGUUCAGUAUGGCUUCACUGAGGACGACUAUAAAACCAUCACUAACUACAAGGCUUUCAGCCAGUUCCUCAGGCCUCUCAUUGCCAAGAAGAACCCGAAGAUUCCCAUGUCAAAGAUGAUGACAGUGUUAGGGGCCAAGUGGCGAGAGUUCAGUGCCAACAACCCCUUCAAAGGCGCAUCUGCCACCGCCGUGGCCGCCGCUGUGGCCGCCGCCGUGGAAACGGUUACCGUGGCUCAGCCAACGUCUGUCAGCAGCGGCCAUCCGAGCCCUCAGCUGGGGCCAAUCAAAAAAGCCAAAACCAAAGAGGGAAAGGGACCAGGAGUCAGGAAGAGAAGCAAGUCUGUGAAGGAGGUCAAGAAGAAACCCAAGCCGAAGAAGACCAAAUCAAAGUCGGGCCAAAGUGGGAAGAAGAAGAAAGCAUCCUCGAGUGAGGAGGACUUCCUGGAGGAGUCAGACUUUGAUGACAUCAGCAUCCACAGUGCCUCUGUGCUUUCUGAUACCUCAGGGGCCGCCACCAAGAAAAAGGCUCGACGUGGGCGGAAAAAAAGGAAAAAGGAAGAUGGAGAUGGUUAUGAGACGGACCACCAGGACUACUGUGAGGUUUGCCAGCAGGGAGGAGAGAUCAUCCUGUGUGACACCUGUCCCAGAGCGUACCACCUGGUCUGUCUGGACCCGGAGCUGGAGAAGGCUCCCGAGGGCAAAUGGAGCUGUCCACACUGUGAGAAAGAGGGUAUCCAGUGGGAGGCCAAAGACGAUGAGGAGGAGGAGGAGGAGCCAGCAGGCGAGGAAGAGGAUGACCACAUGGAGUUUUGCAGAGUGUGUAAAGAUGGAGGAGAGCUGCUGUGUUGUGACACCUGCCCAUCGUCCUACCACAUCCACUGCCUGAACCCCCCUCUCCCCGAGAUCCCCAACGGGGAGUGGUUGUGUCCCCGCUGCAUGUGCCCUCCCCUCAAAGGUAAGGUCCAAAAGAUUCUGCACUGGACAUGGGGGGAACCCCCAUUGCCAGCUGAACUGCCUGCAGGCCCUGACGGCAAGCCAGCUGAUCCGCUGACCAAGCCUCCACUCAAGGGCCACCCAGAGAGGGAGUUCUUUGUGAAGUGGGCCGGCCUUUCGUACUGGCACUGCUCCUGGGUCAGCGAGUUGCAGUUGGAGCUGUACCACACGGUCAUGUAUCGGAACUACCAGCGUAAGAACGACAUGGACGAACCUCCACCGUACGACUACGGCUCGGGAGAGGAGGAGCUCAACAGCGAGAAGAGGAAGAGCAAAGACCCCCAUUAUGCUGGGAUGGAUGAGCGCUUCUACCGCUAUGGCAUUAAACCGGAGUGGAUGGUCAUCCACCGGAUAGUGAACCACAGUUAUGAUACGGAUGGGGAUGUGCAUUACCUGAUGAAGUGGAGAGACCUGCCCUACGACCAGUGCACCUGGGAAGUGGAUGAUUUUGACAUCCCAGAAUAUGACAGCCAUAAAGCUUCUUACUGGGACCACAGGGAGCAAAUACUAGGGGAGGACCAACGCCCCCUGGUGGUGAGGAAAGGAAAGAAACUCAAAGAGGACCAUCCAAAGAGAGAGAUCCCUCCUGAUGCUCCCAUCAUAGAUCCAACCAUCAAGUUUGAACACCAGCCGUGGUACAUUAACGCCACUGGGGGAACACUGCACCCGUACCAGCUGGAAGGCCUGAACUGGUUGAGGUUCUCCUGGGCACAGGGUACAGACACCAUCCUGGCUGAUGAGAUGGGCCUGGGAAAGACGGUGCAGACCAUAGUGUUUCUCUACUCACUCUAUAAGGAGGGUCACUCUAAGGGGCCCUUCUUGGUGAGUGCGCCCCUCUCCACUAUCAUCAAUUGGGAGAGGGAAUUUGAGAUGUGGGCUCCAGAUUUCUACGUGCUGACUUACACUGGAGACAAAGACAGCCGGGCAGUCAUCAGGGAGAACGAGUUCACCUUUGAAGACAGUGCAGUGAAAACAGGACGCAAGGUGUUUCGCAUGAAGAAAGACACUCCUAUCAAGUUCCACGUGCUGCUGACAUCCUAUGAGCUGAUCACCAUAGAUCAAGCCAUUCUGGGCUCCAUCACAUGGGCCUGCCUGGUGGUAGACGAGGCCCACAGACUGAAGAACAACCAAUCAAAGUUUUUCAGAAUUCUCAACGGGUAUAAGAUCUACUACAAGCUGUUGCUCACUGGGACUCCUCUUCAGAACAACUUGGAAGAGCUGUUCCAUCUGCUUAACUUCCUCACCCCAGAGCGCUUCAAUAACCUGGAAGGCUUCCUGGAAGAAUUUGCUGAUAUUUCUAAAGAGGACCAGAUCAAAAAGCUCCACGACCUGCUCGGCCCUCAUAUGCUCAGGAGGCUGAAAGCUGACGUCUUCAAGAACAUGCCUGCAAAGACUGAGCUGAUUGUCAGAGUGGAGCUCAGCCCCAUGCAGAAGAAAUAUUACAAGUUUAUUUUGACGCGGAAUUUUGAGGCUUUGAACUCCAAAGGUGGAGGGAACCAAGUGUCCCUGCUCAACAUUAUGAUGGACCUGAAGAAGUGCUGCAACCAUCCCUACCUGUUCCCAGUGGCUGCUGUGGAAGCUCCUGUAUUACCCAACGGCUCGUAUGAUGGUAACCUACUGGUGAAAUCCUCAGGAAAACUUACGCUGCUUCAGAAAAUGCUGAAGAAACUCAAAGAUGAAGGACACAGAGUUCUCAUUUUCUCUCAGAUGACAAAGAUGUUGGAUCUGCUUGAAGAUUUUUUGGAGUUCGAGGGUUAUAAAUAUGAACGUAUCGAUGGAGGUAUUACUGGAGGCCUAAGGCAGGAGGCCAUUGAUCGCUUCAAUGCGCCGGGCGCUCAGCAGUUUUGCUUCUUGCUUUCAACACGAGCUGGAGGUCUUGGCAUCAACCUUGCGAGUGCAGACACUGUCAUCAUCUACGAUUCUGACUGGAAUCCUCACAAUGACAUCCAAGCUUUUAGCAGAGCCCAUCGUAUAGGCCAAAAUAGGAAGGUGAUGAUCUAUCGUUUUGUGACGCGGGGCUCAGUGGAGGAGCGAAUCACUCAGGUGGCAAAAAGGAAGAUGAUGCUGACCCACCUGGUGGUGCGGCCCGGGCUGGGCUCCAAAACUGGCUCCAUGUCCAAACAAGAACUGGACGAUAUCCUCAAGUUUGGCACUGAGGAGCUUUUCAAAGAUGAAAUGGAAGCAGCACGAGCCAUGGGUGACAACAAAGAGGGCGAGGAGGGCAAUGUGAUUCACUACGAUGACGACGCUAUCUCGAAGCUGUUGGACCGCACCCAGGACGCUACUGAAGACACAGAGAUUCAGAACAUGAACGAGUACCUGAGCUCCUUCAAGGUGGCUCAGUAUGUGGUGAAAGAAGAGGACGGAGAGGAGGAGGUGGAGCGGGAGAUCAUCAAGCAGGAGGAGAAUGUGGAUCCAGACUACUGGGAAAAGCUCCUUCGCCACCACUACGAGCAGCAGCAGGAGGAUCUGGCCCGCAACCUCGGCAAAGGCAAACGCAUCCGAAAGCAGGUCAACUACAACGAUACGACCCAGGAGGACCAAGAGUGGCAGGAUGAUCUUUCAGACAAUCAGUCGGAGUACUCUGUGGGGUCCGAGGAUGAGGACGAAGAUUUCGAGGAGAGGCCUGAAGGUGGACGCAGACAGUCUCGUCGGCAGAUGAAGAAUGAGAAAGACAAACCUCUGCCACCCUUACUGGCACGAGUUGGGGGCAGUAUUGAGGUUCUGGGGUUCAACGCUCGCCAGAGGAAAGCCUUCCUCAAUGCCAUCAUGCGCUGGGGCAUGCCUCCUCAGGAUGCUUUCAACUCCCAUUGGCUGGUUCGAGACCUGAGAGGGAAGAGUGAGCGUGAGUUCAGGGCCUAUGUGUCUCUGUUCAUGAGACAUCUCUGUGAGCCAGGGGCCGACGGAGCAGAGACCUUUGCUGACGGCGUCCCACGUGAGGGACUGUCUCGUCAGCAUGUUCUCACCAGGAUCGGAGUCAUGUCCCUUGUCAGGAAAAAGGUGCAAGAGUUUGAGCAUGUAAAUGGAAAGCUGAGUUCUCCGGAUCUGAUUCCCAUCGGCAUGGAACUGAAGAAGCUGACUGAGAGUUUAUCUUCUGAUCCCAACACCCCUGUGCCAGCCAGCCCUGUUGCUACACAGCCUGGCACUCCCGUCCCCUCAGAGAAGAAUGAGUCUCUCUCGGGUACCGCUGAAGACAAGGAGACCGCAGAGCAAGAUAGCAAGAAACUGUCAGAGCAGGAAUCUUCCAGUGCAGAGCCAGCAUCUGUACCAGAGAAGGUAGCUGACAGCGAGGAGAGCAAGGCCAGCUCAGAGGAGAAAACAGGAGAUGAGAGGGACAGAACCGAGUCGCCCUCUGCAAAAACAGAGCCAUCUGCCAACCCAAAAGAGUCCGCUUUGAAGCUGUCAGAGCUAUCAUCCAGUCAAACCUCACCUAACUUGGAGCCCUGCAAAGAUACAGAGAAGUCCUCAGAAAAGGGAGAUACGGAUUCUCCUCUGGCAAAAACUGAAGACAAGGAAAAUAAGCCAGCCAUUGCAGAUGAUAUGAAGAGUGAGGAUGCAUCGGAGGGUCGAUUGAAUGGAGACAAAGACACUUUGGAUGACAUGGAUGAGAGCAGGAAAGAGGACAAAAAUGGAUACAAAGUCAAGUUCAUGUUUAAUAUCGCUGACGGAGGUUUCACAGAGUUGCACACCCUCUGGCAAACCGAAGAGCGGGCGGCGCUGUCUUCUGGAAAGAUGCAUGACAUCUGGCACCGUCGCCAUGACUACUGGCUUCUAGCUGGCAUUGUUACUCAUGGCUAUGCUCGCUGGCAGGACAUUCAGAAUGACCCACGUUACGCUAUUCUGAACGAGCCCUUCAAGACUGAGAUGCAUAAGGGCAACUACCUAGAGAUGAAGAACAAGUUCCUGGCUCGCCGCUUUAAGUUGUUGGAGCAGGCUCUGGUGAUUGAGGAGCAGUUGAGGCGGGCAGCCUACCUGAAUAUGACCCAGGAUCCCAGUCACCCGGCCAUGGCUCUCAACACUCGCUUCACUGAGGUGGAAUGUCUGGCAGAGUCCCACCAGCACCUGUCCAAAGAGUCCCUGGCCGGGAACAAGCCUGCCAAUGCCGUGCUGCACAAAGUGCUGAACCAGCUGGAGGAACUUCUGAGUGACAUGAAAGCUGAUGUGACGCGGCUGCCCAACAUGCUGUCCAGGAUACCGCCGGUGUCGGCCCGUCUGCAGAUGUCUGAGAGGAGCAUCCUGAGCCGCCUCACCAGCCGAGGGAGCGAGCCUCCACCACAGCAGCCUUUUAGCCAGGGUGGGUUUGGCUGCUCCCAGAUGUACAGCAGCAGCUUUGGUGGAGGAUUCAGAGGACCGGGUGGACAGCCCAUGGUCAACUACAGUCAGAUGCCUCUGGGACCCUACAUCAGCGAGACGGCAGAUAAAAAAAAAAAAACAUGCAUUCAGACGAUCAUGCAUGUUUUAUACGAACCCCCGGUGUCCUCGAAUGGCCCUCCACCCCCUACAAGCCAUCUGGACAAGAAGUCACUUGACUCCUUGAGAGACGUGGCUACGCCUGACCUCAAGUCAGGCAAACCUAGUGAUGUCAUCUGUAUUGAGGACUAGGCCAGCUCUGUAAUAAACUGACCUGAGGUCAGAAACUCCCAGGGAUGGAAUCUGUGUGGAUGACAGCUGCCCAUCUCUUCCGUCACAUCCUCCUCUUUCUCCUGCUCCUUCCUGACUUAAAAAUCUACAAAGUCAAGCUCUCUGAGGCGAUUCACUUUUUUUGAUUAAUGCAGAUGUAUCUAUCUUAACAAUUGCACUUUCAUCUUUCAAGGAUCUUAUAGACGUAUUUCAGUAGAUGUUUGCUUUUGUUAACCUGUGCGGGAGGGCCGAGGAAAAUGAUGCAGCUUUUCUGAAAGGAGUUUUAUUUUCAGCACUAUAGGGCGAAACUCAAGCAAGUUGGCAUGACAGAGUUUGCGAUUCUCUUGAUUAGGGCUCAUUCUAAUCAUGGAAUGUGUGUUUUGUUCGCGCCGGCCUCGACUUCUUUCAUUCUGCAUUUUACCCAUCUGCCUAUUCACUCUGUACACUGUGACUGUGCCCCACUGGAACGUAUUCCCUGUGAAGAGGAGUUAAAGAUGCCUUCAGUCAUAGUUUGAUAGGAGAUUGUUUUUUUCCCGAGGGGCCACUAUUGUUACUUUCAAAUGAAUAUGUGUUUUGUCAUUCAUGUAGUAACCAGUGGAUAAAGUAUUGAUUUGAAAGCAUCAAAAAAGCUAUUAUCAUGUAUGCAGUAGCUGGACACAGUCUGUCUGAAUCCUCUAAAGACUGCCACCCACUGGUAAUUUGGAGAAAGUCAUCUCCGCAAAACCUGCAGAUACACAUGACUGCAGUACCAGUAACCUGUGAGGGUUGGCUUCUUGUACUGUAUAUACUCAGAGACUGCUGUUUAUUUUACCUCACAUAGGUCUAAUCAUAGUGAAUAUGUAUACAUACACGGAUGAAAUCAGGAGCCUGGCUUGACAUUGUACAUGAAGAUCGAGCAGAGGAGAAAAAGCUGCAGGAGUGGCAAAAAUGAUUUUUUUAACGCAUUUCAGAGAAGUAUUUCUGUGUAUGGUACAAUAUUUGUGAUUCUUAUUAUAUUUGAAUGUUAGUAGUGGCUGUAGAGCUUAACCCUGGGGCCUUGGCCAGUGGGACUGCACUAUAAACAGGAACUCAUCUGGUUUACAUCCACAUACAGGGCUUUAAUGUUCAGGCCUAACUGCGAACAGAGUCCUGAGUGGAGAGUGGCUUCCCCCCAAAAAAAAUUCCCCCCCCCUUACGUACAUCCAAGGGACUUGCCCAGUUCCCUUUCAAUGUUAGAACUGAAUAAGAACAUAUGUGCUUAUGGCGCAGUGUCACUAAGUAUUUGUCGCAAAAUGAGCUUUUGUUUGCUUCUCUUUAUGUUAAGGUGAAAUAAGAUGCCAUUAUUAAAGAUGAUGCAGUAUGAUGCAAUGUAUUUCCUCCACACAGGUGAAGACUGUAAUUGGUUGUGUCACAGUCCAAACCUACAUUUGCCAGAAUAUUCUCUGUACAUCAGCUUCUAAGGACCAAUGUUGCACAGCAUUACUCUUUAGAUAAUGUCUUCACUUCCAGUCUCCGUGGUUAUUUUUUUGGGGCUCCUUUGAGAGUGCUACUAUUGCUUUACCUGGUGUGAAGACACGUUAGCAUGGUCUAGCUACAUAUCUUGUCCAUUCCAUCUACUACUAUUAUGUGCUAAAGUGGGCUGUCCACUAAGACAAACAAUAUUUUAUAAAUUCAAGCUUACUGUAAUUCCUUUUCUAUGAAGGCAUUUGCUCGAAUGUUUGGACUCAAAGUGCAAAUUGUUGUUGACAUAUUUAUCUUUUUCUUUCUUUUUCCAAAGACCAGUGGCAUUACCUGUUUGUAUUAUUAUCGCCAUUGACAGCACUUAUUUGACUUUGUUGGGAUGACGAUUGUGAUUGGACUAAUCUAAAAGAAGAAGAGGCAGUGUUGUACAGUGUUGGUGAGUGUAUUUUCUUACUCUCCUUUUGCAACUUCAAAUGGUUGUCCGGAGGUGCUCUCUUCUGACCCCUUUUCACUCAACACACUUUAACAUAGUACUAAAAUUCAGUUUCAGCCCUUUAUCGGACGGAUUUUUGAAGCACCAUGAAAUGAACCUUGAAGUGCAUCAUAUCAGCGUUUGCGCUACUCUUUGUUAGUGUUUAUCAGUGCUGUUAUUGUUCAUUGUGUUUCUGUCCAUGCCAUCCAUUGCUUGACCAUGACAUGUAUUAGGUUGCUUGACAGAUAGAACCUCAGAAACAUGUAAAUACUUGAAAGAUUUUUCAGAGAAAAGUCCAUCUCAUACAGAUUUACGUAUCAAACUGGAAAACAAAAGAUGAAUGUCUGCUGGAUGCUGUUGCCAUAGAACUGCAGAGUGUGCCGUAUGUGCUCAUUAAUCAAAAUCAUGUCCCUUCCCCCCCACCCCCUCUGGAGUGAUGACGGCGAGACAACGUCAAAAACAAGAUACUCCAAUGAAAUGCAAUCAAACUGAAGUCAGUCAUGAAUGUAAUGUCUGUUAGAAAAAAAAGGCUUCAGUCUAAUACUAUAAAUAUGUUAACAAUGUAUGUACAUGCUUAUUAACAUGGCUUCAAAAGCUACCAAAAGACCCUGAUUAAAGGCACCUUUGUUGCAGUGAAUGCACAGCAUGUGAAGCGUCAUGGCGGUUCACUUUGGGGAGGCGGCGGUGUAUCUAGCAUUUAGAGACAACAAGCUCCAAGCAGUGUAAUGGUUCUGAUAUUUGUGCUGUAUAGCAAAUUGAAUGAAAAAAAAAGUGAAUUUCUGUGUAUUUGUUCAAUGUGUUUUAAUAAAUCUUCUGGACAACA